AUGGAAGAAAUAAAUAAAACUGCAAAGAUACAAUUCUUCUUUCAUCCAUUCUCAGCUGACCCGAAGGUACAGGUGAUGAUUUUUGUGGCCUUCCUGGUGAUGUACCUGACCAGCCUCAGUGGAAAUGCUGUCGUUGCAAUUACUGUCCAGAUCAACCACUCCCUGCACACCCCCAUGUACCUUUUCCUGGCUAACUUGGCAGUUCUGGAAAUCUUCUGUACAUCUUCCACCGCCCCACUGGCCUUGGCGAACCUUCUUUCAAUGGGCAGAACUCCUGUUUCUAUCACUGGAUGUGGUGCCCAAAUGUUUUUCUUUGUCUUCUUGGGUGUAGCUGAUUGUGUCCUGCUUGCAGUCAUGGCUUAUGACCGGUUUAUAGCAAUCUGUUACCCUCUAAGAUACACCCUUAUCAUGAACUGGCCCUUGUGUGUGGAGUUGAUGGGAGGGUCCCUGGUGCUGGGGUUCCUGCUGUCACUACCACUGACUCUUUUAAUCUUCCAUCUCCCGUUCUGCAACGACAAUGAAAUCUACCACUUCUACUGUGACAUGCCUGCCGUCACGCACCUGGCUUGCGCAGACACGCACGUUCACCAGACCGCUCUGUAUAUCAUCAGCUUCCUCGUCCUAAGCAUUCCCCUCUUACUGAUCUCCAUCUCCUACGGCUUCAUCAUGGCCGCCAUUUUACACAUCCGGUCAGCGGAAGGGCGCCACCGAGCCUUCUCCACCUGCUCCUCUCACAUCUUAGUGGUCCUCCUGCAGUACGGUUGCACCAGCUUUAUAUACCUGUCCCCCAGUUCCAGCUACUCUCCUGAGAUGGGCCGAGUGAUGUCUGUGGUCUACACUUUUAUCACUCUCAUUUUAAACCCCUUGAUCUAUCGUAUGAGGAACAAGGAGUUGAAAGAUGCCCUAAGGAGGGCGCUAAGCAAGUUCUAG